AUGGACUCGGGGAAAGGCAGAUAUGGGCUCAUUAUGCCCAAAAAAUUGCCGCAGAAAAAUCUCAUUUCGAAGAAACUCUCAGUGUUUGCAGAUGACUCUGAUGAAGAGCCAUCUGUUGGUGAAAGCCUUCAGAAAGAAGCACUGAAAAAACAAGCAAUGAAACAGACUAAAUUAGAGAUUCAGAAGGCUUUGGAAGAAGAUGCUACAGUGUAUGAAUAUGACAGUAUUUAUGAUGAAAUGCAGCAGAAGAAGAAAGAAAGUAAUGCCAGAGUGUUAUCCGGAACAGAUGACAAAAAGCCCAGAUACAUCCAAAACAUCCUCAAAGCAGCUGAGAUUAGAAAGAAGGAGCAAGAGAAAAGAAUGGAAAGAAAAAUUCAGAAAGAACGUGAAAUGGAAGGAGGAGAGUUUGCUCACAAAGAGGCCUUUGUGACUUCAGCCUAUAAGAAGAAGCUGCAAGAAAGGGCUGAGGAGGAGGAAAGAGAAAGAAGAGAGGCAGCUCUCGAGGCAUACCUGGAUGUGACCAAACAGAAGGACCUCAGUGGAUUUUAUAGACAUCUUUUAAACCAGAGGGUAGGGGAAGAAGAGACGCCUAAAUGCAGCUUCCGUGAAGCCAGGAUAAAGGAAGAAAAAUCUGACAGUUACGAUGAAUCCAACCAAAGGACCAAAUGCCCAUAUGAAACACAAAGACUGAAGCCCUCCGUUAAGAAGGAGAACAAUCCGGACGCUGAUACCGACUUGGGAACUGAUAGUAGUGAUGAUGAUAAGAGACACAAAAGUAGUAAAGUAAAUUUGAAAAAGAAAAGGAGAGCGAGCUCUGUGAGCAGUGAAGAGGAGGCUAAACUUCACAAGAGCCAGAGGCGUUCCAGGUCACCAAGCUCAUCCAGUGUGGAGGAAGAGCUGCACACAAAAGCCCCGACAAGUCAUCUUACAAAGAGGGGAGAGAGCAGACCAAGCAGAAGGGGAAAUGAUGAGCAAUACAGGGAAAAAGAUUAUGAGAGAAGUCGGACCCACGAAAAGGAUCACCAAAGGGAAAAGGAAGAGCGACGUAGAUACGGGGAUCACAGUAAUAAAGAUAACUACAGAAGGAGGGAAGAGCAAGAUGAUAAACAAAGGGGGAAGGAAAGAAAAGAGAGGGAGGGACAUGGCAGAGAAUGGAGGAAGGCAAAGGAGAGAGAAGAGAAGGGCUCAGAAAAGGAACGAGAGAAAGACAGAAUAAGAAACGGUAAAGAUAGAUAUAAUGACAGAGAGAAGGAGAGAGGAGAGAAAUGCAGAGAAAAGGAAGAUCAUGUGAAGGAGAGGAGAGAGAAAUAUGGUAGUGAUGAAAAGAGAUAUAGAGAGAGGAGGGAAAGUUCUACUACAUCUUUAGAAAAAGAUGGAGAGAAUGAUCUGGAAAAAGAGAGAAAGGGAAAAGAGAGAGGGGUGGAUGAGAAGGGACGAUCCAACUCUGGAAUUUUGUCCGAGCAGAAACGUAAAGCUGGAGAAGAAGGGGAGAAAGAGGAGAAAGAACAAGCACAGAAACCACCUGAGAGCAUGAGCAAAUUUGCCAAACGGAGCAAUGAAGAGACAGUCAUGUCAGCCAGGGACCGCUAUUUGGCAAGGCAAAUGGCACGUGUCAGUACUAAAUCUUACAUUGAGAAGGAAGAAGAUUAA